CCAAUAAUGUGCCAUAGUUAUUUAGAGUAUGCCUUGAGGAUGGAGUUGAAAGUCGUCCUACUUUUACUCAGCAUUGUUGCCACAGCAACUGGAACAAACUACAUUACUGACGUCUUUGACCUUAAUGAGACUUCGAGCCAGGUUUUUUUCCAACAUGCUGUUAUGGAUAGAAGAACACGCAGAAUUUAUGUUGGUGCAAAAAACAGACUGUACGAAUUUGAUGAAAACUUAGAAAUAUUAACAGAAAUGAAGACAGGUCCAGAACUGGAUAAUGUAGAAUGCCCAAUAAGAAAAUAUCAAUGUGAAUUCCCUAAAACAUUAACCCCUAGCUACAGUAAAGCUAUUUUGAUUGAUUAUGAAAACAAUAAAUUGAUUCACUGUAUAAAUCUAUACCAAGGUGUUUGUUUAAAACAUGAUAUAAACAAUAUCAAGGACAUUGAGGAACCAAUAUACGAUGAUGCAGUUGUUGCUAACAACGAUUCCGCUACAACCUUCGCAUUCAUCACCCCUGGACCAUUUAAAGACCAAUACGGUCAUUAUGUAUCAGUGAUUAAUAUCGGAGUGCAAUAUACCAACAAAGGCUGGAAAAGAGACAGAGUUUACUGUUUUGCGACUAGAAAACUUGAUGACUUUAAGCUUGUUUACAAAGCUAUAUUUAGCAAGUCAGCAACCAUGUUAGACUCUGGUCUUAGAGAAGUCUUUCCAAUCAGAUAUGUAUAUGGAUUUGGCUCAGACGGUUUUAGCUACAUGAUUACAGUUCAGAAACAGUCACCCAGUACUGAAAAAUAUAUAACCAAAAUCUUUCGUGUCUGCCAGCAGGAUAUUUAUUAUUAUUCUUACGCGGAAGUACAACUAGCGUGCUGGCAUAAUGCUCUUUAUAAUCUAGCCCAAGCUGCAUAUCUUGGUAAAGCCGGAAUUCAGCUUGCUAAAGUAUUGAAUAUAAAUGACACUGAAGACGUCCUUUACGCAUCAUUCUCUAUAGGUGCUCCAAUGUCGGAUGAGCCGACACAGGAUUCUGCAUUGUGUGUCUAUCCAAUGAGGAAUAUUCGUAGGAUUUUUACUGCUAACAUUCAAGACUGUUUUAAAGGAAAAGGCAACACCGGGCCAGGGUAUUUCGGCCAAGCAGUACCAUGUAAAGACACUCCAGCACUCAGACGGGAUGUUGAUGAUGACUACUGCGGGGAACACAGAGAAGUUAACUCGCCGACAGACGGCACUACUCCAGUCGGUAAAAGAGCAGCAAUAACUUUUCACGGUACAGUCACGUCGUUGAGCAUAGAUAUCGUUAACGAGUACACUGUUGCAUUUGCUGGCACAAAAAAUGGACACAUCUUUAAGGUUACGCUGGAUACGCACACAUUUGGAAGAAUAUACGCCGAUGUCACUUUAGCAGAAGGUCAUGCGAUAAAACCUAGUUUGCUGUUUGACCUUGACCACGAACACAUUUAUGCAAUCACAGAAUACAAGAUCUUUAAAAUAGCGGUUGAGAUGUGCUCAAAGUUUGCUUCAUGCGAAAACUGUUUGGGUAGCAGAGACCCGUACUGUGGUUGGUGUGUUUUGGAGGGCAGGUGCUGCAAAAGAAAUUCAUGUAUGUUGAACAGCCAAUGGAUAUCUUACAAUGGGCAAUGCCCAUACAUGAAAGAUGUAACUCCAGCUGCAAUGUCGAACAAGAAUAUACAACAGCUCCAUAUAAGAGUAUCCCACGUUCUACAAGGUGUUCCUGUGUCCUGUACAUUCCAAAGUGAUAGAAUAGGUGAUGAAUUCACACAUACGGUACCAGCAACAGUUUCAGAUGGCGGAAAGCUGGUUACAUGUAUGCCUAGAGAUGUAUUGUUGGCAGAUAAAAGAAUAAAAGGGUACUUGACAGUAGAGGUUUCAGUUGUAACCAAUGUUUCUGUAAGUCCAACUAUGAAAGGAAAUUUUAGCAUCUACAAAUGUGAAACAUUUUACAGAUGCAAACAUUGUACAGCAAGUGCUUGGAAAUGUAAAUGGUGUAUACGUCCAGACAAUGAGCAGCCUUUCUGUAUAGAUCAUGACAAAGGCUGCAACACUGAUCUUGAAGUAAAGGUAGGCGAAUGUCCAGGUGUCACAAGUUAUACCAUGGUCUCUGGUAAUGACCUUUUGCGAGAUUCAAAUGGUACCGUCUAUCUUUCCCGAGAUAGCAACUAUGAGAUUAAUGUCACAGGCAUAAAUCUACUAAAACCAAGCUCUGUGUCCUACAAAUGCAAGAUUGCCGUCUUAGAUACAACUUUAUGGUUUAACAGGACAGUGUUCAACGACGAAAGAGGCUUAACAUGUAGCAUCCAUCAGGAGGAGAUGUCCGUGAUACCAAGAUUUGUGGAUAAACUAGGGGCUACUUUAGAGGUGUUGCUUGGAGUCCAUCCAGUAGAUGGUGUUGCGAUGCCAGUUGUUAUUUAUGAGUGUGGAAAUAUUGUCAAGCCGUCUUAUAACUGUGGACGCUGCAAAAGUUUCGCUGUAUAUCAACCUCAUUUUCGCUGCAAGUGGUGUAAGAGCAGGUGUAUUGAUAGCGGCAUGUCUUGCAACACUACAGACUCUCAGUGUGGAAAUCCGGAAAUUAAUAGGGUAAAACACAAUUCAGUCCGUCAAUACCUCUUAUAACAUAUUUUACUUUGA